UCAAAAUUUAAUGAUUAAAUUUGAUUAAUUUGAAACAGAAUUACUUUUAAGUAUUUAAAAAUUUUUCAGCAUUAUGUUUCAAUAUUUCGAUAUUACAUUUUUGGACAUAAUAAAAUCCCAUAAAUUUUAAAGUGCGUCACCAAUGUUUUAAAUAUUGGAAACAUUGUUUUUAACCUUCUAGUUGUACUCCUUUAAUUUUUAAUACAUACGAAUUACUUUUCAAUCCGUGAGUACUACAUUUUAACUUUAAUGUAUUACUAUAACUCGCUGAGCGCGUUAGUCUCCUAUAUACUUAUGUAUAUUGCUUACAUUUCCAUGUAUUGCAUUUAAAUAUUCAAGUAUUGUUUUUAAACCUUUUAAUACUUAGUUCUACCCCUGUAGUAUUGCUUUCAAAUAUUGUCGGAUUACUUUUUAACCCAUGAGCAUUAAAUUUUAAUUUUUUGGUAUUACUUUUCAAACCAAAAGAUAUUAUUUUAUCGCCCUGUUGCUGUUAGUUUGUUUGCGUGCGUCACCGUCGUCGGCAGUCAUGGAAUUUAUGUUAGACAAUUUACUCGGAGUGAUAAUAAAAGUUAAAAAUUUGGAAAAUAAUACCAUAAAAUACAAAAAAAUUAAAAACCUGAGUAGUAAAAGUGACUCAGUAAUAUGUUAUGAGGAUAUUAUUCUUUCAAUUUUGGAAGGCGAGGAUAUUGAAGCGGACUUUGUUUUGAGAGAUCGGGACUACGACGAGAUUCCACUUAACAUUCUAAGUGAAAUAGUGAGGCAGUAUUCGAAUUGUGCCUGCUUUUGUGUAAAGAUUUGUCCCGUUAUCCAAAAGGUGGUUGAUUCUGUCGGAGACUUGAGAAAGCAGGACGCAGCUGGAGGCAGCAGUGUUGUUAUAUACAAGGAAGGCUUGGAAUCCUAUAUAAGAGCGAGGCAAUCGGCAUUUAUAUUAGAAGAAUACUCCCGUAGCAACAGCCUCAAGGAUUCUUCUCGAAGGACGUUAGUCACAUUAGGAACCGAAUACUUACGGUCAAUGUGUGGAAAUUAUCCUUCCAAAGAGGCGAAACUUGCUUGUGCAAAAGCAAUCAUUGCAAUCUUUCCGUGCUACAGAAUUGAAGAUAGCAAAAUUGGAGGCUGUGUAAGUACAUCUUUUUUUAUGUGUACAUUUAUGUAUUAUUUACACGUUAUCUCAGAUAAUGGACAGCCUUAAAACUAAGGAAUUCUACUCUGCUGACUAUGUUGAGUUUGUUCACUUUAAAAUUAAUUGUUUUCUUUAUCUUGAACCACAAAUGUAUGUAUAUAAAAAUUGAAAAAAUUUUCAAAAUUGAAAACAAUGCUUACUUCUUAUGCUUAAAAUAUAAAAAACAAAGUUUUGAAAAUCUAGUUAAUAUGUUCACUGUCAUUAAGACAAACGAUAAAAUUUGCUUAAAGUAUGAUGAUAUUGUUUUUAAGAAACCAUUCGAGUGUUACGAAAUAAAUAACAAAAUGUUCAUAUUGCAACCUUAUUUUUAUUAAUGCCUUUAUGUAUUUUUUUUUCUAUAAUUUUAAAAAUGUUUUUAAAAUAGUUUAAGUCUUCAUAAAAAAUAAAAUGUUUUUUCUAAUCUCAA